AUGGCAUCUACGCACGACGAUCACACCACUUCCAGUCCCCUAACCCAAAUCACGAACGAAGACGCGUCGAGUCGGUCUCCGAGGGGAAGUCAUCAGGAACAUCCCCAGAAGACCGUCCGCAGAACGAGAUCACUUCGCUCCCUCAGGCGUCGGAUCGCAUCAUCCGACAGCCUACCAGAAGACGACUCUAUCUACAAUGCGGAAAGAGUCCCUUCAAGUGAAGAUGUCAGUCAAGAAGAGGAGGCACAGGAGGCCAACCAGGGUAACACACCGCAGGCUGUCACGGUUCUGUCCCGGCCUUUGUCAUCUAGAAGUCCUAAGGAGGCCGCCGUAUCCCACAGUCGAUGGCCAUCACCACAGCUGAACACAAUACUUGAGCAGAACAGCAUCAGCUCUCUUCGAAACUCUCACUCAUUGCCACGGUUGAAGGCCAGUCCUGAAAGAACUUCACACAUGGUGCAACCACAAAAGUCCAUUCAUUCAAUCCAUCCCAAGCAGGUGGCACCUUGGCCACUUAGACCUGCCCUACCUUCCGUGCAUCUUUAUCGACGUCGCUCGCAUUCAAUGCCUGACCUGGGCUGUAUCUCGGAACCGUCUGGGACCAAAGAACCCUCACCACACUCGUCCUCGUCCAAUGACGCUUCCGAAGAGCCAGCGGCUUACCCAACAUACCCAAACAGACCAGUACACCCUCCACCGUACAGAGUUCCAACACCGCCUGGCUUACCUUCUUUUGGGACGGACGAAGCCACCGAAUACAGGCUUCGCCAGGGACCUGCUCUCCGAAGGAUGUGGAACCGGCUUUGGCAACACUCUCAGGAGGACAGCGAUGAGCCACAGCCUGUCAGCCCACUUUCACUGAGCUCACAGUCAUUGGCCUCGAACCAACCUUCGAGUCCGCCAGGUGAAGUUUUCAGACGGACCCUGGCUAUGAUAGGGAUGUCCCGCGUGGUGAGCCCUCCGCCACCGUCUUCGACUGGACCACGGGCGAGCCUGCCAUCAGGAGUCUAUACCAUCAACACACCAGGUGCCCUGGCUCGCGCUGAUGACGGUACAUAUAUGAGAGGCCGCUUCGGUCCUCGGGCCAGCGGUCAUGGUAUCGGUGGAAGAAAUCUAGACUCGCAUCCACUUGGGCGCUCGAGCGGAACUGAUGAGGAAAUACGAGAAAUCGAUAAGGCUUGUGACAGAGCCGAUAUGGAGAGUGCCAUCAGUCAAAGCAUUGAGAGCGGAUCGCCCGGGCAAGCUGUUCUCACCUCUCCCUCAGAACAGGGGUCGAUACAUAUGUCACAACUUGAGAGAUUUCGCCAGAGAUUCCCAACAGAAGAACGUGGAUCUGAACACAGUCCAUCAAUCAUGCUUUCGCCACCCACCGGAUCAACAUCUCCUAUGGAUUCUCAAGAAGCAAUUGAGCAAGAAUUACGGAACAUCACCCAGCAUAUGCGACCUGGAAACAACUUCAUGACGCCUCCGCCGAGACGGGAUGGAACCGCACGUCCGACUUCACCCCCAAUGCAACCUGGAGGGAUGAGAUAUGGCCCUGGAUAUACUCCUUCCACUAUUCUGUCGCUAAGAAGUCUGGAUAGCACAAGUCAGAUUGAGGAAGAUCCAGAACGGAUUCGUGCAAGGGAAAUGGUCCUGGACGAACGAAGAAGGCAGCAAAGGAAGUUUUGGAAUCGUGCCGGGGAGAGACUGGAGGACUGCUGUUAUUCGUUCUGGGCCUGUACGUGUUUGAGACAGGAUCUCCGUGGUCAAUGGCGACAGGAACAGUCUUGGGAUUUAAAUCCAUGGAUCGAAUAAGAAAGCCAGAGAAUUAGCAUUAACGAAGCAAAUAAAUUG